CCUAUUUUGAUUCCAAAAGUCAACACACAAGCCAGGCUGAGCACAAACACAGGGGAAAAAACUUCACUUCGAUUGGAGCUUCGUCGAGCUGCUGGAGCAGAAUCCUCUGCCGUUAUGCAUAAAUCCAGUUACACAUCGUUCCUGCAGUUAGCUCUGCUUUUUAUUCAAAUGUUGUAUCUGAAUGCUGAGGGAUUAGCACUGGUGCCCACUGAACUUGCUCCAAUUCCCUGCAAUGACAAAGCUGUGGAGAAACUGUCCCGUCUGGCUGUCACUUAUAUCAACGAGGAUCGUGCGGAUGGGUACAAAUUUGCCCUCAAUCGCGUUGCUAAUGUCCACCUACAUGCUCAGGGUCCAGCAGGCAAUGUGUAUUACCUGGACCUGGAUGUCCUGGAAACCAAGUGUUACAUAGGCAGUCCAAAACCAUGGAAACGCUGUGACGUCAGACCAUUCAUGGAAACACAAAUCUCCGGUAACUGCAACACAACCAUCCUCCACACAUUGGAAGGUUACUCCUACCUGUACAGUUAUGACUGCACGCUUGUGCCAGACCCCGCAGAGAAGCUGCAACAGACAUGUCCAACCUGCCCCAUCCUACUUCCCGUUGACAGUCAACAAGCUGUGCUGGCUGUUCAGGUCGCGCUGGCAUCCUAUAAGAGGCGAUCCACUGUGGGUGCAGGGCUUGGAGUGAAGCGGAUCACCAGAGCUGCGGAACAAGCUUUGCCAGUGAAAGCCAGAUUUGUGGAAUUUACAGUCCAAGAGUGUGCAGAGGGAGUGACAGAAAAAGGCACCUGCCAGCGGUUGACAUCCACUUCAGACACUGAGACUGCAGGCUUUUGUACAGCAUCUGUACAUGGAGACCUGCAUGCUCAUCCGGAUAUCCAAGUGUCCUGCGAGAUGUUCAAAAUUCAGAAUGUGGACGUCCUUCGCCCAUUGCAACCACAAGGUCAUGACCUCCCCUUUAAGCCUGACAUCCCAACAGUGCCUCCUAUCCAUUAUCCAGGAAAAGAGCAGCAGCCUGCUCAUUCUGACCCCACACCACCCCGUGAUCCGCAGCCAGCGCCAUUUGACCCCACACCGCUCCCUGAUCUUCAAUCUGCACCAUUUGACCCCACACAGAUUAGCCCUCGUCCCAUGGACCCUCUCUUUAAUCCACCAAUAUCCUUCAGUUCAUCUUCGAGUGAGUCUGCUGAAGAUCUUUUAGAUCGGCAGCUAUCAGUAAACGGUUCAUUUGACUCAUCCUCUGAGGAGGUAGGAGGCUUUCUGGCUUUACGCCCACCAUUGGACUUCCACUAUAAGAGGCACGACCGCAAGAAGCGACAGGCCUUGGCGGAAAGUUCACCAUCCCACAGACCAACAUUCCUGUCUGAUUUCCCAAAUGGAACCUCGCCUUUCCGUUCCUGCCCUGGUCCUGCACGAUACACCACAGUCUAGAGGGCCAUUUGUUUGUGUGAUGUGCAUUUGGGCGAGGGUGACUGACAGCAUAAAUACUCUGCUCUGUGACAUCACUUAACUGUGCAAACAGCUUGUACCAAAAAAGGAAUGGCAUUUCCAUGGACAAAUACAGUUACUUACAGUGGGUGCUUAAAGCUACAGACAGCAUGUACUUAAACUCAAUUUAAAUGUAUAAAGAAUUUAAUGCAUAAAAUUUGAAGCAAUUAAA